AUGGAAUCACCACACAAGAUAGUUCUCAUCCCCGAGGUACUGGAACAAGUCCUCGUGGAGCUUGACGCAACCACCCUCCUUCUCUCCCAACGCGUCUGCCACCUCUGGAACUCACUGAUCGAGACAUCCCCGACCCUCCAAAGAGCCUUAUUCUUCCGCCCUGAGAAGCAGUCACCAACCGAAGACCAGAAUCCCAAGCGCACCACAAACCCCUUCAUGGACAAGCUCCUGAAGCACUUCGUCAGCAACCCUAGAUCAGUCAACAGCACACAAGAUAGCAGCAACUGGCUUCGUCUAUUCAUGUCCCUACAAACAACGAAUCAUCAAAGGCUAGGACGCAAGCAGCACCCCUACUCCCGCCCCGAAGCCAGCUGGCGAGAAAUGCUCCUCGACCAACCACCAACCCCGAGUAUACCGGUCAGGGAUGACCUCACUCCCCUGAAGAUAUUAGGGGUACUCUGCGACGAGAGAAAGUCCGUCCUCAGACUAAAGCAUCUAGAGACGCUUGUUCAGUGGGGUUGCCAGCACACGCCACCCCACCAGCAGCGUCUCCGGAAAGCGGGGGAGCUUUUUGUCACCGACUCCAAGCUGUGGAAGUGGAUCAUGCUGUUCAAAUUUGAGUGGAAUCGAAUGUACGUACACGAACUAAUCUUGGAGCGUUGA